AUGGCUGGUCUAAAGGACGUUGUUACUCGUGAAUACACCAUUAACAUGCACAAGAGAUUGCACGGUGUCUCCUUCAAGAAGAGAGCUCCAAAGGCUGUCAAGGAAAUCAAGAAGUUUGCUAAGUUGCACAUGGGUACCGAAGAUGUUCGUCUAGCUCCAGAAUUAAACCAAGCUGUCUGGAAGAGAGGUAUCAAGGGUGUUGAAUACAGACUAAGAUUAAGAAUUUCCAGAAGAAGAAACGAAGAAGAAAACGCUAAGAACCCAUUAUUCUCUUACGUUGAACCAGUUCUAGUCGCCUCUGCUAAGGGUCUACAAACUACUGUUGUUGAAGAAGAAGCUUAA